CUCACGGACGCGGAGAUGGAAAUCCCGAGGUUGCUCCCGGCUCGCGGGACGAGACAGGGCGGCGGCGCUGGCAGCCCCGCGGGCGGCGGCCGGGUCCACGGAGGCCCUGACCCGCGGGCUGGCCAGGCCCCCGCGCGCCGCCUCCUGCUGCUCCGGGGGCCCCAAGAUGGCGGGCCCGGGCGGCGGCGCGAGGAGGCCCGCGCGGCCUCACGGGGCCCGGGCCCGAGCCCUUUGGCGCCCAGGCCCGAUCCGGCCGGCGGCGGCGGCGAUGACUUCUUCCUGGUGCUGCUGGACCCGGUGGGUGGCGACGUGGAGAGCGCGGGCGCUGGCCAGGCCGCGGGGCCCGUGUGGGGGGAGGAGGCCGAACGCGGCCCAGGGCUCCCGGGGGGCGAGCGCGGCGCGAACCCCGCGGGCCGCCCCGCGCCGGGCCCCCGCUGCCUGUCGGCGCUCCCCGGCCCGGCGCCGGCCCGGGCCCCGGCACAGGCCCCGGCCCCGGCCCGGGCCCCGAUCCCCGCCCCAGGCCUGGGCCCCGCCGCGGCCUUCGCGGGCACCGUGACCAUCCACAACCAAAACCUGCUGUUGCGCUUCGAGAACGGCGUCCUGACCCUGGCCACGCCCCCGCCGCCAGCCUGGGAGCCCGGGGUCGCUCCUGCCCAGCAGCCCGGGCCCCUGAGCGCCCCGCCGGCGCCAGCGGGCGCCCCGCACGCCGCGCAGCCCGGCGACUGCCCGGAGCUGCCGCCCGACCUGCUGCUGGCCGAGCCGGCCGAACCCGCGCCCGCCCCGGCGCCCGAGGAGGAGGCGGAGGGCCCGGCCGCCGCGGCCAGCCCCCGCGGGCCGCUGGGCCCGGGCUCGGGCAUGCUGCUGUACCUGUGUCCCGAGGCGCAGUGCGGGCAAACGUUCGCCAAGAAGCACCAGCUGAAGGUGCACCUGCUGACGCACAGCAGCAGCCAGGGCCAGCGGCCCUUCAAGUGCCCCCUGGGCGGCUGCGGCUGGACGUUCACCACCUCGUACAAGCUCAAGCGACACCUGCAGUCGCACGACAAGCUGCGGCCCUUCGGCUGCCCGGCCGAGGGCUGCGGCAAGAGCUUCACCACCGUGUACAACCUCAAGGCGCACAUGAAGGGCCACGAGCAGGAGAACUCGUUCAAAUGCGAGGUGUGCGAGGAGAGCUUCCCCACGCAGGCCAAGCUCAGCGCGCACCAGCGCAGCCACUUCGAGCCCGAGAGGCCCUACCAGUGCGCGUUUUCCGGCUGCAAGAAGACGUUCAUCACGGUGAGCGCCCUGUUCUCCCACAACCGCGCCCACUUCAGGGAGCAGGAACUCUUCUCCUGCUCCUUUCCCGGCUGCAGCAAACAGUACGACAAGGCCUGUCGGCUGAAAAUCCACCUGCGGAGCCACACGGGCGAGAGACCUUUCCUUUGUGACUUUGACGGCUGCGGCUGGAACUUCACCAGCAUGUCCAAGCUCUUAAGGCACAAAAGGAAGCACGACGACGACCGCAGGUUCACGUGCCCGGUGGAGGGCUGUGGCAAAUCGUUCACGAGGGCCGAGCACCUGAAAGGCCACAGCAUCACCCACCUGGGCACAAAGCCUUUUGUGUGCCCCGUGGAAGGCUGCUGCGCCAGGUUCUCGGCGCGCAGCAGUCUGUACAUUCACUCCAAGAAGCACGUGCAGGAUGUGGACACCUGGAAGAGCCGCUGCCCUGUCUCCACUUGUAACAAACUCUUCACGUCCAAGCACAGCAUGAAGACCCACAUGGCCAAGAGGCACAACCUGGGCCAGGACCUCUUAGCCCAGCUGGAAGCGGCCAACUCUCUCACGCCCAGCAGUGAGCUCGCCAGCCAGGGACAGAGUGACCUCAGUGAUGCGGAGCUGGUGUCUCUCUUCUCGGACGUGCCGGGCGGCAGUUCCGCGGCAGUGCUGGACACGGCGUUGGUGAACUCUGGCAUCUUGACCAUUGAUGUGGCCUCUGUGAGCUCAACUCUGGCAGGUCACAACAGCAGUUCCCUGGGGCAGGCUGUGGACCCUCGGGCCUUGCUGGCCACCACUGACCUUCCUCAGAGUCUGGAUACCUCUCUCUUUUUUGGAACGACCGCCGCCGCUUUUCAGCAGAACCCCUUAGACAUGGAUGAUGUCUCGAGUCCAAGUGCGGGGCCUCUGGGGCCUCUGGGCUCCUUGCUUUUGAAAAACUCCGCCCAGGAGCCCCAAGCUCUGACCCCCAGCAGCAAGCUGACAGUGGACACGGAUGCCCUCACUCCGUCCAGCACCCUUUGUGAAAACAGUGUCUCGGAACUACUGACGCCAACCAAAGCAGAGUGGAACGUGCAUCCUGACUCUGACUUCUUUGGGCAGGAAGAAGAAACCCAGUUUGGAUUCUCCAAUCCAGCAGGAAGCCAUGGCUGUCAGAAAGAAACGGAUCUUAUCACAGUGACUGGCAGCUCGUUUUUGGUAUGAACGAACUCUACUCAUUCCUCGCCACGUGGCUUACUUUUCUUACUUACACCCAGUUUUGAGGAUGUUGUGGACUAAAUGUUUAAAGGCAUUCGUUUGUUUUAAAUAGUUAUGACAAAGGACAGAGCCCUGGGUUACAAGUUGGGAGAAGUAAAUUCUGAUCUUGAGUCUGGAACUGACCAGUUGUGCCACCCUGAGCAAGUCACUUAACCUAUCUGAGCCUUAAUUUACUUAUUUAUAAAAUGAGGUGGUUUGAAUAGAUUGUUUCCAACGUCUUUUUUUUGCAGCUGUGGGAAUCCUUGAUAAUACACUUCUGAGCAAUGACAUUUUUUAGUGAUUGUGUUGCAUGUGCUUUUUUUCAAACAUGCAUAAAAUGCCCAUAAUUAUAUAAUGAGCAUCUAUGUACUUUGCACCCAACAUCAACAAUUAUCAAUUCAUGAACAAUGCUGUUUAUGUAAUCUCCACUAUAGCGCACUUCCAGUAUUAUUUUGUAAUAAGUACCAGACAUAUCAUCAUCAUAUGGUUGAAAUCAACCAUAAAUAUUCAAUAUAUAGCUCUGUAAGUUAUGGUCUUUUGGAAAAGAAAACUACAAUUCCAUUAUCACACUGAACGUUAAUUAUCUUAAUACUAAUAAGUGUUCUGUCAGUGUUACAACAUCCAGUUGUCUCAUAAAUGCUACUUUAAUUUUUUUUUUAAGGAGGGUGCAGCUCACAGUGGCCCAUGAGGCGAUCGAACUGGCAACCUUGGUGCUACCAGCACUGUGCUCUAACCAACUGAGCUAACCAGCCACCCCAAUAUUUUUUAUAAUUAGAAUUCCAAUAAGUCUCUUAAGUGUCUUUUUAAUGUUUUCUUUAAUUUAUUAUUUUAAUUUUUAUUUCCAGUUACAGUUGAUAUAUAACAACAUGUGUUAAUUUCAGGUGUACAACAUAGUGAUCAUACAUUUAUAUAACUUAGGAAGUGAUCACCAUAAUAAGAAGUGUCUUUUUAAUCUAUUUAUGUCCCCUUUGCCUCUUUUUUUCUUGCAACUUUAUUCAUUUAGGAAAUGAGGUUGUUUCACAUGUAGCAUUUGCUUAGGCUUUGUUGAUUGCAUCCCUGAGGUGUUAAGUUCCUCUACCCUCUGUUCCCUCAAUUAAAUAGUUGGAUCUAGAGACUUGAUCACAUUGGAAAUGGGAGUUUUUCAUUGGUUGUGUUAUGUUUUUCUAUCAGGUGGCACAUAGUGUUUGGUGUUAUCUCGUGAUAUCCACAGCUGCUGCUGUUCAUUGCAUUAAUUCAUGAUUACCUGUGCUUCUGAUAUCAUGAAUUGUUGUAGAAUUACUAUUAACGGAGGAAGAAAUGCUGUUUAAGGCAUUUAUAAAAUAUUAAUGGAAAUAUUCAAUGCUAAAAUAUUUUCUUAAAUAAUGGUAGAACUAACAAGAAAAAAAAGGAGCAAAAAACAUGUUGGCUGUUCUCUCCGUUUAUCUUCCUGACCUCCUUUGAUAAUGGGAGGCUUCCUUGUAGAAAUUGCCAGCCAGGAUUUUGACAUGAAACAGACCCAGGGUCAAAUUUGUGGUGGAUAAGUGGCCUUGAAUAAAUUAGUGUCACUGAGCCUCAGUUUCCUAGCUGUUAAAUAGUAAUAGCAGUGCACAUAGAUAGCUAACACACCUUAGACUUUUCCAGUUUUUAAUAUGUAAGGAAAAAUACGCACUUUGGCAUAUUUUGAUGACUUUCUAUAAUCUUUUUACCCUUUCAUUCCUUCUACUCUAAGGGAGAAAUUGGGAUAAUUUAGUCCUGUUCAUGUUCUGACAAUAAGAUUUGUGAGGGGUAGGGUGAAGCAGAACAGGGAAUCUUUUUUCCCUCCACUGAAUAAUUCACCCCAACCCCUGGAAUUUCUGUGGGGAAAUGCCAGGAGAGGAGACAUUCCUCACAGGUGUUUCUGCAUCCCUCUCCAUUAGAUCAUUUUAACGCCAUCUUUGUUCUGCUUCCAAAGUCAGACUUCGCUAUGACUGUGGAUCCUGCUGUUUCAUGAAACUCUGAUAAUGGAGCAGAGGUUUCCUCCUCUCUCUGGUCUGAAGAGCUCAUUGUUUGCACUUUCCCAGAGUUGGAAGGAAAGAUUGGAUCUGAAUAUUGUGUAAACCGUUGUCUUAUAUGAGUGUAGCGUUUUGAAUUUUGUGGAACAUCUUCACAGCUGGUGAAGAUGAGGAAAUCUUAUUUGUUGUUCAGAAUGACCCUGUGAGGUAGUUUUGGCAAAGUCUGUUCUAUGAGUCAUGUGACAAUUUAGCUAACUCACAUUCCAAAUGGCCUUUGGCUAGUAACUGACAUUUCUAUAUAUAGCUUAAAAAAGAAAAAUUCCUUUUACCUCUCCCUUCCCACCCAUCCAACUUUCAUGAUUCAUUGCUGUGUCCUAGCUGCUUUUCCCACUUUAGUUGGUUACUUCCUGCUUCCUUUCUCCCCACUCCACUCCACUCCCUUGCAUGUGCAUUCCAGUCCUUCCCAUGCCUUUUUUUAUUUUUUAAUAGCUAGAUCUCUUCCUGUCACUAUCCCUCAGACAUUAUCCUCAUGGCCCAUUUUCUUCCAAUGAUAACAUUUCCUGAGUGUACACUGCAGUUCUGCGUGUACAGUAAGAAGUUAUUUUCUGAGCUUAGAUAAUACUGUGUGUAUGUAUAUGUGAUGUGGCGCCGAUAAUAAGAGAUUAUUUUCUAUACUGCUCAUAUGAGAAGUGGAUUUGUUUCAUUAUUUCUAUUUUUUAAAAGUUUUUGUGAAGGACUUCUGCUAAUACUUAUUUGCUGUAGUGUAUUAGUCCAAUAGUGUUUGCAUGUGAAUGUCUAUGGAUGACAGUUAUUGUAGCACUUUGGCAGUGCACUAAAAAUUUGCCACUUUGGAAUAUUUCUGUACUGUGUGUGUGAGUAUACACACAUAUAUUUUUACAGUGAUUGUAUUCAUUUAGUGAAAAACAAAACUUAGUCAUACUUUUGUAAAUCAAAAAAAUGCUCAAAAUGUCAUUGUGUCUACUCAUUCAAUGGUUUUCUUUCUUUGUUAUGAAAAUACUUAUAUUCAUAAAGUGCAUUGCAAAAAUAUUGUCAAUCAUUAAAGCCUCUUAAAUAGACCACUAUAUUUCAUGUCUGACAAAUAUGAGUGUCAAGUAUUGAAAUGAACACACAAGUAGUGAACAUGAAAUAAAUUAUUUAAACAUG